AUGGAGCCACCAUCUGAGGAGAAAAGAAGGAGCCAUGUCAUCGCUAUAGACCCAAAUGAAACUAUCUUGACUGCCUUUCCUUACAGACCUCAUAACUCCCUGCUCCAUCUCCUGAAGGGGGAGCCAAAAGUUUUAGGGGCGAUCCAGAUUCUUCUUUCUCUGGUCAUUGUGGGCCUUGGGAUUAUAUUAGCAUUUAAUUUCAUCUUUUUCUCCAAAAAAUUUCCUCUCGUGAUCAUCACAGGAUAUCCAUUCUGGGGAGCAGUUAUUUUUUUUCUGGCAGGAUACAUCACAGUGUUCAGUGAUAAAUUAAGACGAAAUCUGAGACCAGGAGUCACAACCAUGAAUAUCCUCAGCUCGCUGGUUGCCUUAGCUGGGAUUGCCUUGAUCCUCAUCAGCUUUACCCAGCAGCACAAGUUCUGCCAGGCGCCCUCCCUUGAAGGAACAUGUGUCAUGGGCAGAACGCUUCUCCUUGGAAUUUUAUCAGUUUUAUUAAUCAUCACCAUAGUGGAACUCAGCAUCUCUUUGACUAUUGCAUCUUUAAGAAGCAGUUGCUGGACCAAUUCAGGAAAGGCUGUAUUCUUCUUCCCUUCAGAAGUUCCUCAAAAUACUGAACAGCCUGUGCCAGAAGAAAAUAAUCAAUUACAAUUUGAGUUUCAAGGAAAAUCUUCAAGUGAUAAUACAACUUCAAACAUAACAGCCAUUUUCUUAGGGGGUUAUGCUUUCUUCAAGUUAAGAGGCUUAAGAAAUCCUUCAGCUCCCAAAAAUAUCUCACAGAAAAGUGAUAAGGGUACAUCUUCUAUGCAUGUUCCAAAUGAAGAGGAGACUAUUCCACCACCCUCCCAAGAGGAAGAAACUAAACUGAAUGCUUUACCUCCCCCAUUAACACCAAAGUCUUCAGAAAACAUUCCUUCCCAAAAAGAGUCUAGAAGCAAUAACCUGAAUGAUGAGAAUCUAGAAUCUAUUACAUGUCAAACCUCUGAUCUGCAACCCAAAUUGAUUGACGACCAAAAUAUGUCACCCAAAUUUCUAAAAACUCCAUCUUCACAUAAUUUCUCCCCUUUGUUACCUGACAGUUUAUCAUCCCAAACAUUAAUGGCAGCUCUGUCAACACAAGUCUUACAAUCUAAACCCCCAUCAUCUCGUAUUUCACAGUCUUAUGAUCUGACAUCCGAGGACUUGCCUUCUGAAGACAUACCAUUUCAAGAAACCCCAUACCAAGACAUGCAAUUCCAAGAUACACUGACUCAAGGCAUAUCAUCCCAAGAGACUCCAUCCCUAGAGACUCCAUACCAAGAUCUGUCAUUACAAGAUAUACUAACUAAAGACACAUCAUCCCAAGAUACUCCAUCUCAAAAUACUCUAUCCCAAGAAACUCCAUACCAAUAUACUCCAUCCCCAAAGACUCCAUCCCCAAAGACUCCAUCCCCAAAGACUCCAUCCCCAAAGAUUCCAUCCCCAAAGACUCCAUCCCAAGAAAGCCCAUACCAAGAUACAUUAACUCUAGAUAUACCAUCCCAAAGGACUCAAUCUGAAGAAACUCCAUCACAAGAGAUUCCCUCUCAAGAAACUCCAUCGCAUGAUAUGAAAUACCAAGAUGCACUAUCUCCAGUAAAAAUAUCACAAAGCACACAAACCCAAGAUACAGUGGCCCACGACAUGUCAUCCUCAGAUCUUCAAGCAAUAAACACUCAAGUUCAAAUCCAGCAAGAUCCAGAAAUAUUUUAUAAAGACAUUCGAACAGAAGUCAUGGAGCUGACUCAAGAAUGGAAGUCUAAUAUUAGCAAGAAACCCCCAAGAAGACUUUCCUUAUCCUUGCCAGGCAAACAGGGAAAAUUCCCUCCCAAGAGACAUUCCCUGGACCUACAAAUCAAAGAUGAAGAAGCCCCAAGGAGAUAUUCUCUAGACUCACAAAGGAAAACUUCAAGACGGAAAUCCAUAGAUCAGCAAAUCAAAGCCUGGCUAUCCACAAAGAAGCACACCACAGAGAAACAAGAUGCAUAUACUCAAACCUCAGAGCUAUUCCUCCACCAGCAAGCUGAUCAGCAGCAGGCCAAAGAGGAGGAGGUCCCAGUACAACAACCCCAAGAUGAGCAAAGCAAAGACCAAAAGUCUGUAGAGGAGCUAUACCCAGAAGAACAGCUUAAUGGCAAGGAGGAAGAAGAUCAGCAGUCUGAUAAAAAGCAGCAUCCAGAAGAACAAGUUCAACCAUCUGAAGACCAGCAGCCUCUAGAGCAGAAAGCCGUGAAUAGCCAGCAAGAAAGACAGCAAGCGCUAGUAAGGAGAACCCCGAUGCCAUCAUGUCUGGACUGGGACUCCCAAAGCUUUCAAUUCUCAGAAAGGUCAUGUUCAUACUGGUCAACUCCAUCCUGGCAGCCUGUUAGCCUGGGAUCCCAGGACUGGAGAAGUCAAGGCUGGAGAAACAAAGAUUGGAAAGCACAAGAAUGGCAGUUUGAAAUACAGCCUUCCCUGGACUGGGAAUCCCAAGAGCUAUUAGAAAGAGAAUCCUUAAGACAAAGGGCACUAUAUCAAGAAGUCCAACCCCGCACCACUAUAGUCCAACACACCCAAGAUCGUCAAUUGCGUAACUUUGUAUUUCAAGUAGGUCUGUGUCAAGAUAAUGACCAACAAUCUGGUGUUUUAAGAGGAGAUAUGUAUGCUGCAGUUGAUGUACAAACAAGAGACAGGGAAACUCAAGACAUAGAAGACACAGAAAAUACAUGCCCAAAACCAAAAGACCAGCAGUCAGAAGACAUAAGGCCAGAUAAUUAUCCUGUUUCUUGUCAGAGCUUGGUUCCAUACACAUAUGUAACUUGUUUAUCCAAUAUAGCUUCAGAGCAAGAGGUGCAGAACAAUACACCCUGUUCAGAUUCAUCUAAAGAUCUGAAUGUCACUUCUUCCUCAUGCUAUCAAAAAGAUCAACAGCAAUCUGAGGACUCAGACUGA